AGAGAAAGGCAUCAUUCCGGCGCGUGGUACUGAACGGUACGGUUGUCCUUAACGUCGGUGAACGCUUAGCGUUACAGCUUCGCUUUGCUGUUGGAUUAAGUGUAUGCGGAUUGCCAGAUUUACUGGCACGAGCGCUGUCUUCUGUUCAUCGUGACGUGCGUGAGGUUUUGAAAUGACAACUCUAAGGAAAGUUCACAUCCCUCUCCCUCAGCGGUUGAUGAAGUGAAGCGUGAAGUCAGUUUUGGCGCUCGUGUGAGACAGCUCCGAACAGUGAAGUGUUAACCAAGGGAAGAAAAUAAAGGUUGGUUCUUGUGGCGUAUCUCUCAUGGGGGACUGGAGGUGCUCGAGUUUCGUGAUAAGGGUCCAGCGACAAACGAGAUAUCUACUAUGUUACUGAAGUGCAAGCGACGGGGAAAAAAGCGGACUACACGGUCAAAGACGAGGGCUGGCUCCACAAAUCAUGUCUCGGAACUGCUGCUGUUGCUGUGAAAGCUCUGCAUGAAAGCAGAGAUGAAGCGUCACAGAAUGACGGACUCACGAAGGUCAAGACAGACUUGCUGGCAUGUUUCGCCUCCUCUACAGACGUGCCUCUGAGAGAUUGCUUGAAGUAACAAUGCCUGAGCGAAAGCCAAGACGAAGCCCGACAGUGUGAAGUGCGACUGGCUUGGAAGAGGCAUGCUUUGGUGUCACGUUUCGACUGCACUGUGUUUCAUCGGCCUUCAGGUGCUAGGGUCAGCAGCGAGGAGCUCUCUCAAGGAAAAGAAAUCGGGCACCUGCCGCAUGGAAAACCAGUUCUACAUUAACCCAGAUGUAUUCAACCAAAUCACCUGUGCUAGGUGUUACAACUACAUGGCCAACCUCGCCUUCAAGAACGGCUCCCGGCUCACGUACUGCUGGCCCGGUCGGCUCUGCAGCUAUGGGACCAGCUGUAAGAGCAACGACACUUCGCAGUGCUUCGUGCCCUACACAAACCAGAGUGAUGCUUUGGUGCACGAAAGCUUCAGGAGCCUCAUCUAUGCUGAACGAUGGGAGUCUUGCUGUAGUGCCGCUAGGGAGUGCUGUAAAGAGAUGCUCGAAGACCAGCUAAACCCUCCACAAGAAGGACUUCACUGUCCGGCGACGUGGGACGGCUGGACCUGCUACAGAGACACUCCAGCAGGAAAAACUGUCCAGAAACCUUGCCCCUUCCACGCCUACUACAUAACGGAGAGGCCACAAUGCAUCAAAAUGUCAAAGAAAAUCUGUUGGGACAAUGGAACUUGGUACUACAGCCAAGAGUACGAGAAGGAGUACACCUUCUACGACUGUGGUUCCCUAGACUAUCAUCGAUCCAUGACAGUGUUUUCUAUCGUUCUCCAUUCCCUAUCGGUGGUCGUCCUCGUUCCAGCCAUCAUCAUCUUCUCCAUCUACAAGCAACUCCAGGUGCACCGCAUCUCCCUGCACAAGAACUUCUGCGUGGCCAUGGUCCUUUAUGACAUAAGCGUCAUCCUCGUCGACUCCCUUUUCAUUCUGGAUCAUGUCAGUGAAGAGAAGGACAUUCGCGUAAACCAGAAUCCUGACCUGUGCAAAGCGUUGUACACCCUUUCGAGGUACUUUCGCCUGUGCCAGUAUGCGUGGAUGUUCUGCGAAGGCUUCUACCUGCACAAGCUCAUUGCUUCUGCUUUCGCCGAGCAAAAAUCACUCCUUGUAUUCUACGUCACCGGCUGGGGGUGCCCUGCCAUAUUUGUAUCAAUCAGUUCCGUGCUUAGAGUUCUUCGCGUCGGUCAUUCUUGCUGGAUGGACAACAUAGAAGGCUAUAAUUGGAUUACGUUGGCCCCUGGUCUCUUCUGCCUUUUUGCCAAUUUUGUCUUCCUGUGUAACAUAAUUCGGGUGUUGGUGACCAAGCUCAGAAGCACACAUGCGAACGAGCCCAGUCAGUUUCGGAAAGCGGUGCGUGCGGUGCUCGUGCUGUUUCCAUUGUUCGGGAUGCAUUUCCUGAUGACAGUGUACCGCAGCCCAGCUAACUGUGGACCUUGGGAAGUUUACCAGUACAUAAGCAAGGCUUCGGACGGCUUACAGGGCUUCUUCGUCGCGGUCAUAUUUUGCUACCUCAACGGAGAGGUGCUGUACCUCCUGAAGCGCUCAUACGGCCGGUACCGCCUGCAGCGCGGCUUCUCCGGUCGGCGAUGUCACAGCUUGGCCAUGACGCGUAUGUCUGUCUCCACGCACGUCUCGUCGGUGGGUGACAGCGGCAACCCUAACAACGGUUGCACGAAAAAGUACACGUGUUCCCGAAACGGAGACAUCAUACCCGAAGACGAAGUGUGGAACUAGACUUUAGAGAACAUCUUCCGUCUGACGAGCAUUUUCAAGAAAGGUGCGAGAAAGGACGUCGUCGUGGACUUGAGGGUCGAGGAGACGAGACCAAGCCAGGGACGCACACUGCUUUGCCCAGAUAGCCACUCGCAGGUGGUGCCCUACCCGUAACAAACAAAACGACACUACUACUUUUAUUUGAUGACGGUGAUUGGAGAGUUUCAUCGCCAUGGGGCGAUACCCUACCCCUUGCUGGCGAUGUGGGGCUCGAACAACCAUUUGGCGGAGACGUCUCGGCAAGAUGAGCAAAAUAAAGCGAAAAACAAAAGCCGUCUGUUCAGAAACUCUAACGAAAGAUGAAAAUAGUGCGAAAGAAACUUAACGGUCGUGCCUUUUUACGUGGGCCCCGUCUGGUCGAGAACUUAUUCCCAGGUUUUUUGCAUGAAUAGCUUGGGCGAUUGUAGCCGGCGUGUGGUAUGCAAUGGUCGCAGACAAGGAUGGACAACGGGGUACACGGUAUACUCCCGUCCAACCUCUAUCUAGCCCACCAUAACCAACCGUAGCCAACCUUAGCCAACCGGCCGGGACAUCGAUUGAGGCUACAGGUACGUCCAGUUCGGUGGUUUGCGCUACACAAGACACGACUUUUAUUUUUAGCUUAUUGGUCUUCGUUGUCGAGCCUCAUGGUUCUUGCUCUUUUCUACGUUCGUGUGUUGUGAAUGUCCGCUCUAUGUCCGUUGUGGACGUAUACGGGCAAGAGGACGCAGACCAAGACGUAGUCACGGCUUUUGCUGUGACCCAGUUGGGCGACACGGGCAUCGAGACGUGAUUAUGCCGGACUCUUGUCAUCCAGAAAACAGUGCUCAGACUGCGUAAGCGUGAACGUGAAAGUUCAGCUCGAUUUUGUUCCUAUUGGACUGACUGAUAAAUAUGUGAUGCGUUGAAUGUGCAGCGCGAUAGCAGAUUCGUGAACAAAGAACGUUGAGUUGCGUUAGCUGUAAAUUAAGCCGAAGAUAUUUGUCGCAGACUCAACAAGGGACGUCGUAACCCGCUUCUGAUUCCACGUGGUACGGUGCGAUGACAGAAUAAACGUUUUAAACAAGCCA